AUGGCGGACAAGGGUACAUUUGUUGGCGCAAGGUUACGAGUGUCCACAAACGAAGGAGAUUAUGAAGGAACGGUCCAUAGCAUAGAUGUGGAAAAGAGGAAGGUUACGCUAAGUAAAGGUGAGUCAAUCCUUUUCAAUGAUGCGAAUUAGAUUACUGUCAUUCGUCCUUGAACAACCUCACCGUCCAGGAAGGAAUUGAACUGAUUAAUUUCGCAGUUAGGAAUAUUAAAUCUUACUUUCUUGGUUUUGCAUCCGCCUACCUAUUAAUUUCCGAAACAAUUAUUUUCAUUUAAGUUUAUUUAAGAUACAUAACUGACAGAUAGAGGAAUCGUGUGGCGAAUGUUUUUGGUACUGUCUGGCAAACGAAAUGUCAAAUUGAUGAGUUGUUAUAAUAGCACAAUGUGGUCCAUUGUUAGCUAUGGUUGCAUUACCACAAUAGUCACUUUUAACAGUUUUUUACUUGCUAGAGGGAGGAAAAGAUCAUACAUUCAGACAGAUAUCGCUGAUCGGAGAAUUCUACGGCAUCUAGGCAGAAUCCUCCUACUAAGUUUUGAUGACCUAAGCUAUUUUUUAUUCAGACGUGGAAAACAUUAUCAUGUCACUUUAAAAAUUCUUAACCCUUACAUUUCCAAAGAAGCUGACAAAGAGAAUUUGUUUAACAAGCAAGAGCUGCUAUAGUUGGUGAUCAUCUCCUCUAUUCUGGUGACUUUCAUGUUUGAUUCAGGUGUAUUAUUGUGAGGUGAAAUUAGAUGCUAGUCACUCUUAGGGGUAAGGGGUUAAUAAAAAAACCUGGCAUGACGAGCCUAGAGUUACAUUGCUGCUCAAGCUUACAAUGCAGUGAGCAAAUGAAUAAUGAGGAAAAAAAUGCAAAGAGAGAGCUAUAGUGAAACAAGAUUUAUUUAAUUGGAGCAAAGCGAGUUCUAUUCACAGGUGUGGCAAAGGACUUGAAGCCAAGAUCUCUGGCUUGCAAGUUCAGGAUUCCUUUCACUAGUGAUGCUGCUUCUACACUGAGAAGAUACAACUCUCCUGAAAGGAAAUCAUGCUUAUCUCAUAUUUUUAUUUUUGAUAUCUAGUGGUUUCAUGCAGCACAGGAAGGAAACUUCACGGAUUUCAUCAUUUUUUCGGUCAUGAGCUAACCUCAUGUAAGUGGUACCUGUAAUAAUAACAGUAUAUCACCAUUUGAAUCAAGCUAUGUUUAUCUGGCUCUCAGAUAGAAGUAAAAAUCACAGUCUUCCCCCUUCAUCCCCAUGGUGCUGACAAAGAAGAUGGUCAGCUUAGGGGCAUCAUUUAUGUUAUGUCUGAAGGGUGAGAUGGAGAUAGCCAUAAAGGCCACUGUGGUGUAAAGGAAAUUGUGGAGGCUUUUUCCACAUCAGAGCAAGGUGUUUUAUUCUCUACAUACUGACAUUUAUGCACUGAAAAGGGGCAAAAUAAUUUAUUUUUCACAAGCUGGUCAAAGAAGCCAACAGCCAAUCAAAUGGCUUGUAUUGCAUUUUUCACAUUUGGGGAAAAGAUGAAAAGUCUUUCCAUAUGGUAUUUACACACUUGUCAGUUUGUAUCAGAAUCUAACACAUUUGAUUUCUGAUUCCACCAUCUCAUGCAUAAACACCAAAGAGGCAAACUUCAUAUGAAGUAUUUUAUAUGUAUUACAUGAUGAGUAUUUUGAAUCUGUGAAGUGAGAAUAUUAGCUUGUCAAGUACAGUGAAGUUUGAAGUAUUUGAAAGAGUAAGUUGGAUCAAUGGUUUUUACCCUCAGGUUUUACACUUAAGCAGGAUAGUGCUCAAUCAAGCAAAUUCACCAGUGGUGACUCUUAAUGACUGUUUCACAACAUUUUCAUAGCAGUCAACUUUCUUGUUAUUUAACAGUGGAGCUGUUAGAAGAGGCUGAUAACAAUGCUUCACAGGAUCAACUGGCAGAGUAAGUUAUCACAAAGUUGCUAAACACCACAACAGACUGAGGCUUGUUCUAGGAUGACGAUGUUUAUUAAAUGUAUAUCUUGUUGACAUAAAACACCAGACUAUUACUAACAUCAAAUGUAUUUGAUGGAUAUACUAAAACAAUGGUCCAGUUAUCAAGAAUAAAUAAAAAAUACUAGUGAAAUAUAGAAAUGUCAAAAUUGCCUAUGGUAUGGAUGGGAAAGAAACUUAGAAUUUACUUCAGAAGUUAUAAACUAAUAUGCUGGCUUGUUCACUUGAUUGCUAAUGAAACAUACUCAGAUACCUAAGUAGCAAUAUACUUAAAUAAUUUUGUAGUUAGAAAUGUGCUAGCAUGGUGCAUAACCAAUGGUUCUAUCCACGUCUUCUGACUUGCUUGCCAUAUAUAUUGCUCUGACUUGCUUGCCAAACAGAUUGCUCAAUCUAACCUACUAGUACCCAGUCUGAACUUCACAGUUAUCAAUGUCUAGAUUCAUAUAAAUGAGAUAAAUAGUCACAUCAAUAAAGAAGAGCAAUUAUUAGUUAAUAAUCUAAUCCAUACUCAAUCAACCUCUGGAAUUUAAAAAUCACAUUUUCAUCUUUCUAUAGGAAUAGCCAGAAGCAUGAUAAUAAGAAAGAAAAACAACUCCAUGAGGAAAACUCUAACAUUGCAUCAAAUCAUUCAUUGCAAACGUCAUCUAAAUCAGACAGAGGCUUUGGAGACAGAGGAGUAGCAAAAGCAUUUGCAGAUGCUGGUAUUGGGAUCAAUUCAAAAUUAGGAGUAAAAAAGACAGCUGUGUCCAGUGGAUCUUUCUCCAGAGAUGUGAGCGAUGAAGGAGACAGUCUACUGAAAAGGCACCCUAUUGUAGCAGAGAAGUGUAUGUACUCUUCACAAAUUUCUCUGCCUGGCUAGUGUUAGAUUUACCUUUCAGACAUGUUAUCUUUACUUUGGUGAAGAUCAGAAAUAACUCGAAAGUUAUAGAUGGCAUGUUAGUCUGUUACAGGUUGCUCCCUGCCAUUUUGGCAGGUUUCCCUGACAGGCUGCUGGCAUGUAUUUAUAGGCGGGGUAAAAUGGGGACCUGUUGACAUUUCAUGCACAUAAAUAAUUAGAGAUAAUGCAUCACGAAAAAUUGGAUAAACAACUUUAAGGUUGACUUAUUGCAAAAGGAAAAAAGAAUUCACUGUUCAGGGCCCAGUUGUUCAAAGGCCGAUUAGCCCUAACCCAGGGUUAAUUCUAAUCCAGCUUUCUUUAUUUCUUUGUUCAAAAAUCUUUUAGGGAAAAUUUUCACUAUUCUUUUUAGAACAUCCAAUGAUCAAAUUGCAAGCAACAAGAUUUGAACUGAAUUUUCUCCUAAAGUUUUCAGCCCUGAAAUCAAAUUUCACAUUAACCCUGGGUUACCUUAACCCAGCUUUGAACAACCCGGGCCAGGGGUUUUAAUUUCUUAUUUUCAUAAGUCAUGAAAAUUAAAAACAGUUAAUCUCAAAUCACACAAAAAUCCCUUUUAACCCCUUUCUCUAUACUCACGGGUGAGGUAGGCACUAUAACAGUAACACAGAAUGACCUGGCCAGAUCUCCAACCUAGACCACUUGGCCUGGAGUCCAGUGGCAAAAAGUGCAAAGGAGGGGGCUGAUGGAGGUUUUUUCUUUACUCUGAUAUAGUUAAUUUCAAAGAAAAUAGGCAGAAACUUUAUAUCUAUGUAUUUGCAAUAUUUAGACAGGCUGGCUCAAAGCUAUUUAAAUGGGGGUCUGUUUAAACAAUAACAAGGCCAGACAACAACACUGUGAGCUAUGUUCCCUACUUUUUGUGAGAAAUGUGUGGGUUCUUUAACAUCCCUUGCUAAUAAGUACAGAGAGGAAGCAGGAGAUGGGGUCUACAGUUUAUCGUCCUUACCUGAGAAGACUGGAAUGUCUAGUAACCAUUUUGCAGUGUCAAAGCAAAGGCGGCACAUUCUCCUCAGCUAUUUCCAGACCCUCAGUGUUGUGUAAAAAUACUUGAUAUAUACCCUUCGUAAUUUUGUUUUACCCAAUGUAAAGAAUGAAGAACAUUGUAAUCCUGUAACAUGAUUUAACAAGUCACUUCAAUUUUUCCAUUUUAGAUCUUUCUGAUGCAACACUUGAUGACGAAGUAAAGGAGAACACAAGUCCUAAUGAGCUCCCUGAUAUUGUGCCUAUUGAUUCAUUUGGGAAGUCAUUUGAGGAAGCAGUAAGUGGUAGUGCUUGUUUUGGAAGCCCUUUCACUCCCUAGUGUUUUUCAGAAGUGAAUUUUGCCUUGCUUUACAUGUUCUUGCAGAAAAACAAUAAAAUAAUAACUUAGAAACAUAAUUAACUAAGGGAUAUUUGUUUCAUUAACUGUGCCUGAUAAUGUACGUGGAAAAAUUAUGUGCCUCUGAUUGGCUGAAAACAUGUGCAUUCUCCUGUAAUAUGAGUGCAAAGUUGUAACACAAGCAAAUUACAGAUAGCAUGCUCACACUUUCAAAAUUUUGUUUGUUUUGACUCUCUGUGAUGUUUUUUUCACACACAUUAUUAACAAGCAACAUGAUUUCUUCAGCAAUUUGGUGUAAUAAACACUUGCAAAUUUUUCAAAGACUACAAAUUGCUUUUGCCUUACAGGCGAAAGCAAUUUGCACUUUACAUCAAAUCUACACCAAAUUGCUCUUGAAAUCGUGUUAUUGCCAAUACAAAUUUUCAGAUCUUUUUUUGUAUUUUAAAUCACCAUGUUUGAAGAUGUGUAAUCUUGAGCUCAUCAAUAAAUAUAAUUCUUAAAAAGAACUGACUUCAACUCAAAUUUUGUAGGUAAAAUUCAUCAGCAGACAGCGGGUUAUUGGUGUUUGCUGUGAAGGUGUAAAUCUCGGAAGGCUUGGAAAACUUUGCUGGCUGGUGGUAUGUGUACUUUUUUGUGUAUUAAAUUAUUGGUACUAAAUUUUGUGGGUCUUAAAUCUCACAUUUGUCCCAAUGGUAAGACAAUUGCAAAAUAAAAGACGUGCAGAUAAAAAUCUUCGUGAAAUUUAAACCCACAUAGAAAAUUCAAAUGACAAGUUCCAGAGAACAUCUUUUGAGCAGUCGUCAAAUGUUAACUCUUUAACUCCCAUAAGUGACCAAGACAGAAUUUCUCCUUACAAUAUCAUUACAAUAUCAACCAGAUGAGUGAUGAGAACAAAGAAAAAUAUCAAAUUGGGGAUAAUUAGUUGAUUUGAUACUAAAUUCUCUGAACUAACAUUAUAAUAAUUGUAUGGUUGACAGUAAAGAGAAUUACAAAUUUGAUCUUUGAGUUAAAGGGUUAAGACAUUUUUGAAAAAUAUAAUGAAGUUAAGAACACUUGAAUUGCAAAAUUUAAUGCCCUUUUUUUUCCUGUAUGAGUAUUAAAAUCGCAAAUCUUAAACCGCACAAAAUAAUGUCUCACCAAAGUUACAAAAUUAAUUAGCUGCAAAAUUGAAUACUGAUAAGGUAUAAGUAUCAGGUAAUAUUUACUAUCUUUGGUUUAAUAGUGGAUCUAAUAACAUCAUCACAUUAAAUUGUCUCCCAUUAAUGGUGUUAUUCCUGCAUUCACUCAUUUGUUUUCAUAGUUAUCAAGCAGAAUCAUGCUGCUCUUUUCUGGGUGUAAAAAUUCAAAAUUCAGGCAGAUGUUGUAGCCUAACAGGUGGUUAAGUGGACUUCAGGUCAAGAGGUCUGGGUUCAAGACAUGAUAGCAACUCUUUUGUUGCCAAUUUACAUUAUCAACUCAUUUGAUAAGACCAAAUUGUAUCUGAGUAACAGUAUGCUGAAUCAUGGCUGUGGCAUCAGAGGUUUGGACCGCAUUGCUCAAGUGUGAACUUCACAUUUCCAAUUAACAGGAUUAACGAUUACAGGACUUUUGCAUGCUCAUGAUAUAGUCUUUCUUUAAGAUCUACAAUCUAGAUUCAACCACUUUUGAGCUUAAAUACCUUGCAUUUAGGCAAUUGUGUGCAUCAUUGUCACAUUCUUUCCAUUAUAAAUCAAAUUUUUUGGUAGUCAUUAUGACAGCAAGAGGGUAACAUUUUCCUGUUCUUUGUCAGAUUGGCUGUAGCAGAGUAAUUUACUUGUUUGAUGUUCUUACUCUUGGAGCUCCAUGUUUUGAUGAGGGAUUACAGGACAUUCUUGAAAGUGGAGACAUACUGAAGGUAAGAGUAACAAUGAGCUCGUAAUAAUUCCCUUGCAGGCGUCGGUCAAAUUGUUCCGUUUAACCUGUUGUUAUAAGAUAACGCUUUUAUACUGUACACACAGCCUCGAAAUCAUUGCGAGAAAGGUGAUACAGUCGUAUCCUUAACCUGAAAAAUAAUUAAAUUCUUCUUUACAUGAGUAAACAACCGAUCAAAUUGACUGGCAGUCAAAGAAGUUUUUUAGACAAAGGUAAAAUUUCCGCAAGUCCCAUACUAUUGUAAAACAAAUCUGUUUUCCCAAUGGCAAUGUAAUAUUUUUGUCAUUGUUUUCUCUAUCCAAGAACUGAGUGCAUAAUUUAGUAUGGGGCUGAGCGGAAAUUUUACCCAGACAAAACUUAUAUUUGACUAGCCUGCAGAGCAGGCGUAAUUUUGGCGAGCGAGUGCUUAGUAUUUUCUAAGCGAAAACUAUGACCGCAGCAGCGGAAGGCUGGAGAGAGAAAGAAAUUUGUACCAAAAGGGGGUGAGCGAAAGUAAAAAAUAAGGAGAGGGUGGGGCUGGGAGAGUGAAUAUUAAGCGUUUUUUUUUUGCCUUUCCCCGCACCCUCCCUCCACCACAGACUCUAACUCCAAAUCAAACAUGGCCGGUUGAAUAAACGAUCGCGAGCUUCUUAACGUUAACUCGCCCUAAUAAGACGCCUGAACUGCAGGCUAAUAUUUGACCGGACAUUGUACAUUGACCAGCCGUUAUUUCCCUGGUGUCUAAAGAAAAGAUAUGAAGUAUAAAUUUCUUAAGAUUUUCAACUGCUUUUAGCACUAGAGAUGCUUCAGGUUAGUGGUAUAUCCUUUGGACUCCAGGCCCUGAUCAUUCGAAAGGUGGAUAACACAUUCCAUCGGAUAAACCUCUAUUUAGUAAACAGCGCAGCACUUAUUCGUUGGUUAGCAAUUUAUCCAUUGGGUAGCGUUUUCGUCCCUCUUAACAACUAGGCCUAGAUUAGGAAGUCUAGGUUGAAGCCCUGUCCAGAUUAUUGUGUCUUGUUUUUUGGCAAACCAUUUAACUCACACAGUGCCUCUUUUCAACCUUCUUAAAAUUCUUGUGUUGCUUUGUUUUGUAUUUCAGGUAUUUCACGACUGCAGACUGGCCAGUGAUGCACUAUUUCAUCGGUAUCAUAUCCACCUGAUGAACGUGUUUGAUACUCAGGUCUGUAGGGUGUUUAUUCUUGCAGUUUUAUUAGUCAAGUGUCUACAUUUACUGAUUCAUGGUGUAUUGACAAAGAAUUUGUCAUAACAUUAUGUUAUGUCAUUUAUUGCAUAACUUGCAUUUGUUGCAAAGAGGUAUAUUUGGGCGAAACAGGAAGACGACCAGGCGAGCGAUUCCGAAAACAACCUUGUGACCUAGAAAGGAAAAAUAAAGACGCAUCCAAACCAGUCGCUAGACAGUCCAAAGUCUUUCCUUACAUAUAGUCAGUUCGGAAGCCUAUAGAAUAAAAACUUAUCUUUCAAUUCGGCACUCUUAAUCCCCAAGGUAUCAACGAACGCUUUCCAUUCAACUAAUUUAUUCUUGUUUUUCACGCUACCGUGUUUCCAGCAGUAGCAUAACUCUAUUUUUCGGUACAUAAACCAAAAACAACCCACAAUUCCUCAAAUCGCUUUGACGAAUGGCUGACACUCUGACGGUGGCUAAUUUAAAUUUUGUACGUAAUUGAUGAAAAAAAUUUUCUUCGAAAUGUUAUGACAGUUCGUUACUCCUGUAGGCGAAACAUGAAAGAGAUUACUUUUUUUAUGUUUUGACAGGUGGCGGAUGCGAUUAUUUACAAGAAUGAAAGAGGAGGAGAGCUACCCAGGUAAAAGCUUACUUCUAGUCUUAAAACUCUGACAGAAAACUGGUGGGUUAGCAUAUUGUAUAGAUAGUAAAAAAAGAACGGUUAGAUUGUGUCGAGUACAAUUCAGUGAGUAGUUCUGUAAGUAAUUGCUCGAGUCUGCCGCGCAAAACACAUUUGAAAUUGUCAAAUCUUAAAAUAUCUAUUAGUUAGAACGUGCGCUAUGAUUGGUCAAUUUGGCGGGUCGUAUUUUCCUGUACGGCUCGCUAGAUUCAAAAUGUUGUUCAAAGUGAGAUCUUCUCCCCUCUCUUUGAACUCAAAGAUACAAUUUCUUACUAACCUCGUUUUCGCGGUCCAUACAGUAAGUUAGAGAACCUCGUUUUCUCCGUUCGUGUUUAUGGCUUAAGUGCACUCGGUUCGUAAGUUACAAAACGAACCUCGAUCUCGGUUAGUAAGAGGUGUAUAAUCACUUCCUGAGUUGUCCAAUAUGGCAUCCAGUUUCUACAUAAUUACAUCAAUAACGGACCUCGUGGCCAAGAUCGUAUUUCAUAAUCUCUGUUUAAUGAAAAAAGGAAGGGUUUAGGAUCCGACCAUUUUUUCCACGGUAAGAAAACACGAAGAGAACUUCUAAUUGUUACAUUACAAGAUGGCAACAAAGGGAUUAAUUAACAAUUUUGUUUUUACUUCUUAGAUAUGUUAAUGGACUAGUGGCCUGUUUGUAUGAAUACUUGAACUUGUCACCUGAGAAUGUGUCCUUCCAGAAAGUGCGACAGAAAUUUAUGAAGGUAUAUUACAUGUAUUACUCUUGUCCAGUAGACUUUAAAAACAAGCAAACUCCCUAAAGUGCAAGAAAACGCGGGCGACCAGGUCUUGAUUGGUUGUAGUUUUGCAUUUGAUUGGUUGAGAAGCGGUCACUUAAAGCGAAACCACUCAAAUACAUUCAAGUAUAAUCUCUCAAGUCAGAUUUAUUUCAUGUUCAUCUCCCGAAAUCGAUAGUGGCACUUUGAGUUCAUAAGUCUGGAGCGCAUUGCAAAUAAUCUUUCUUCGUUGGACUGCUAGGAAAAAUAAUACGCACGAACAUCACACAACUCAUUUGCUAGUCAACUUGUUUGAAAGGGUCACCCCACCAUUCCUCAUGGAAUGGAAUGAAGGCCCCCCCCCCCCCUUUAGUUUUUUUCGUUUAGAGAGAUUGGAACGCUGUAUUUCUUCAAACGAAAAAAUUGAAAAAUUAUUGCAAAACGUAUUAUGAUCAGCACUGCUACUGCUCACUUUGAAGCGUUUUUUUUUUUUCACUCCGGUUAUAAGCCCCCUUGGAUAUAAGCCCCUACGUCUACAAGCCCUCCCAAAACCCCUUACAAAGUUAUAUAUUAAUCUAAGGACUUAAAAGCGGCAGUUUAAGGUAGUUCAAAUCAGCAGCUUGUGGGUAUAUGGCUAAUAUGUCUUCCAGUUAUUUCUGCUAUCAACUGGAACUUACUUGGUAGACCUAAGAGUAUUUUUUAACGUACCAUGCUUAAACCAUAUUAUUAAUAUUGAUUUCCUUUACAUCUUUUUAAUUUGAUCAUUUAGACAAAUGCAUCUGUUUGGGCUGUAAGGCCUGCUCCAGAGGCUCUUGUAGAUGCCGCCGCUAAGGUAGGCAAUGGCAUCUUAAGCUGAGUAUAUUUCUACAUUAAUGAAAAUACCACGGAGAGAGAUUCCUGUAAAACGUUGGUGCUAAAGGUUCUCUUUUCAUGGUACGAUUGGAGCGCUCUAUGUGUAGGCGUUGUGGGACUAAAACCAAAGUGAUCACAGCGGCCAAUCAUGACCAAGAACAAUAUCUUAAGGAGCCAAUGAGAGCUAUUAGUUGAUACAUGUGAACUGCCUGAAGCACGGGAAAACUUGAAUGACCAAGGCGCGAUUGGUUUUAGCUUUCCAUCUGAUUGGUUGUGAGAGGGAUGCGGUUAUCUUGACCAAUCACAUCGCAAAGUAAUGCAAAAAUGAUUAUCAAUCCCUGGUCAUUUUCGAUAUUCAAUUGGACAUUUCACUGUUUUUUCCAUUUUUUAUAUAUAUGUACAUUUGUAUUUUUUUUGUCUUACCAGCAUGUCAUGUAUCUAAGGGAGCUGCGGCUUGCUCAAAUGGAGAGACUAAUGGCAGAAUUUCUUUAUGGCGUCGAUAUUUAUCUGAGUAUUGCUCGAGAUUCCAAGGAGCUGAACCCCAAGGUAACAAGAAAAUAUGCGAUUUUCUUUUAGAAUAUAUUAAAAAAGAGAACUAAUCGAAGGGAAAGUGCAACCGUCAGAAGUAAUUAACUCACAAAGACCACAACUUCACCGUCCAAUAUCAAUAUCAACCAACCUCGGAAACAGGGGAUGAGCAGAGAAGGAUUAUGGAGGUUUUGCCCAAUUGCAAGUUUGCUCCCUACCGCCAUUGCGAAAUCUCUCCGCUGAAGUAAGGCAGGUUCGCCUCCACCUCCGACAGUUCGCCCCAAAAUCAAACCUGGCAGCUAUGAUGCCAAUUGCGCAUAUGUCGUUAGUUAUGUUCGGUCGUGUCCACCAGUUAGUUAGGACCAGGGCGCGAUUUGUGUAGAAGAGGUAUCCCUAGUAGCUUCAUAAUAGAGGAGAUCAGUAUCACAAGUUUAGCUUAGGGAAUUGAAAGACGUUCAAACAUUAUUUAUUCUCGCGCUCUUUAUUGACCACGCUCUUUCCAGGUGAAAGGUCAGCUGCUCCCUGCAAAGUUCAAAGAACUGAACCAUUUCAACUACAGACAUCGGUCGAGACGAUAUGAUGGUGACUUCCAUGAAGAUGCAAAAGGAGUCGUACCAGAGGACGUGCUGGCCAGUCGGGAGGCCUGGUGCGAAGGUGAUCAGUUCACGCAUGCCUAUGAGAAUAAAAAGGGGCGUGUGAAGGAAACUGUCAACUCUAUCUCCGUUCCCUUGAACAGACUGAAAGAGAAAUGGCGCGAAAGCGGGAGUGAUUCUGACGCAAGUAACGUCACUUCAGAAAGCAAUGGAAGCAGCAUGGAAGCAGCAUUACAGAAUCAAGGCGCUGCUGCUCCUGCUGUCAAGUCGUCUUCUGUUUCAAUUACAGCCCGCCCCCAGGAAAUAUUCAUAGAAAAAGACUUUCCACCACUGAGCAGUCGUCAAUCCGAGGGACCUGGGACCUUUCCUCGACAAAAGGAACAAAAUCGUCUAGAUUUGCAAGCCGAUAGAAGAAUGGAAGAAACCGUAAGAGAGACAGCCCAUGCUCUUGGGCCUGGACUACAAUCUAAUUCUGCUCAGCCACCAAGUCUCUUACUCCAACGUGCUAAUGCGCUUUUGAGGGAAUCUGCAUCCUUGCCUGGCCGCGGGCGGGCGGGAGCUUUGUUACGGCACGCCGCUCUCCCGGAAGUGAGAUUGCCCGGUGGAUCGGGAUAUUAUCACCACGAGGCAAGUGGUGCCGAUCGCUACGACGCAAACAGAAACGAAUUCCACUUUCCAGCUGAUGAAGAACUCCUCGCUGCUCCGGAGGUCGUUCCAGUGCCCAACCAACACCUUGUUGGGGGAACAACAGUGAGGAUCAGAAAGACUUGACACGAUUUAUGUUGCGUGACGCGUGACCUAAAGGUUGCCGUUUGUUGCGGAACGCGUGAUCUAAGGAGUGAAGGUUACCAGGAAAGGUUUUUGCCGUAGGACAAUAGACGUUUUUCACGUCACUUGUGCAUUACGCGCAAGGUUUUGCAGUUCUGCAUUGGAAUUUCGAAAGAGAUUUGUAUUGAGUACGAGUAGAAAGAAUGUUUUACUCUUAACUGAAUCUCGCAGAAAUUUUUUCAAGCAAGGGCUGUUAGGAGCUCGUUACUAGCGUUCUAUGAUACUAAAACUGUUUCUAUCAGCGAACGAGAAACGUCGUAAAUGUUUUUGAAUGUGUAUCAAAUCAAUCACAUGUCAGGCUUUUUAUGUUCGAGUCGAUACCACUCAAAAACAUGGUGAUGAGGAAGAAUUCUAAACUUGGAGUGAUGUCCAAACUACCGAGAUCUUCUCUUGAUAGAAUAUCAACACUUAUUUACUCGGCGAUGUUUCCUUAAAAAUUCUCUCAACCCAGUUCCAAGAUCACACCGUUAGGGCGCAGAUCGGAGAAUCGAUGACAUUUCGGUGGAUCAAUGACGAGAUCCAAGAAUGCGGACAAGUGACUCAGUUGUUAGUCAUGCGACUUUAUUAAAGUAGCCUCUUUGUAAAAUUAGACUACCAAAAAGCGUUGGAGAACUUUUGUGCUGUAACUCAUCUUUCUGGUUAGGAUCAACGCCAGUAGUCGUAUGACUGAAGGAACCUAUCCAAGUCGCGGUGUCAGUCAUUGCGCUGGGGCCCGGGUUCGAGGCCUGGCCGGGACAUUGUGUUGUGUUCUUGGGCGAGACAUUGGAAUGGGUACCGGAAUUGUCGGGGAACCCUGAUGUAAUGCUGGGGGUAGCCUUAGGAUGGACUGGCAUCCCAUCCAAUGGGGAGUAGUAAUACUUCUUGUCGCUUCAUCCCAUGGAGGAAACCGGGAUAAGCUCUGGCUGGACGGGACACUUGGCUUGACAGACUUUCUACUUGUAAAACGACUAGGACUGUUGCUGCAUUUCUACAGGGUUACAGUUUGCUGGUACCCCUGAAUACUUCUGGUUAGAGAAAGGCGUUGAGGAAAAACGUACCCAUUGAACCAGGUUUGGGCUCGAACCCAGACACCUCGCCGUGCUCGUUCCAGUUUUACGUGGUGACAUGACAGCCAAUAGGCAACUGCAUUCUUAAACCUAAACGAGGAAAGAAUUCGAAAACUCGGAAACCUUCAUUUAUUGUUCAACCCUUUUUGGUAGUUUUCGGGGGCUUUGUAAUGUCUAUGUUUGACUAGUUGUGAUAAGUUUAUGUCUGUUAGUGAUAGCUGUAAAAUUAUGCUGAACAGCUUUGAACAGCUUUGCUGAUAUUCUCUCGGGUCGUAUCAGCCACUUAUGAAAUAGAGCGAGCGCUCCCGAGGCAGCCACGAGAGCACGAGAUAAGCGAAAACGAGAGGUUUGGAUCGAGUCGCAAACCCAAACUUCUCUCGGUUUUUUUUCUCUCCUCUUGUGGCAAAAAACAAGUUGCCUAGUAUAGCAGUACUCAGCAAUUGUCAGUGUUUUCAAUAACUACUUAUCAGCUUUUCGGUGUGCAAACUAAUAAUAAAAAGAAGUGUGUCUCAGUUUUUCCGUGCGCUGCGAAACCAAAGGAACUUCACUAUACUAAAUCCAUACCAAUCUAGACAGAGCAAGUAACAAUAUAUUUUUACCGUCGAGAUCGGAAAAUUGGUCAGUGCCUUAUGC